GCUCCUGUGGUUUAAAUCUCUGCGGCCGGCCAAAUAACGGCCGCCUAGGCGCUGGGGUGGUCGUGCGCGUGCGCGAGCGGCGGGACGCUAGCCGACACGGCAGAGCUGCGCUAACCUGGCUGUGGACCUCCGUACGGCUGGCGGACUCGGCGGGGCGGGUAAGCGGCACAGGCCAGGAGAGCGUGUGCACGGGCCCCGAGGGCAGCCGGCCCGCUACUUCGAGGAGGUCGGGUUCUGAGUGGCACGGAGUCGGGGUUUCCCUCCCCUGGAGCGCCGUCCCAGGCCUGGACCGUCCUGUUGAACCCAGGUGUGCUGCUUCUUAAGGCGCAUGUGAGCGGUGUUUGCAGUGCCCGAGCCUCUCCACGUCACGGUGUGCGCCCACUGCCCGUGGGAGCCCCUCUCCGGCGCCGCCCGCCGCAUGCCUGUCAGGUUUUUCUUUAACUCAAAAACUAAUGCCAGUGAAGGUUCAUUGAAACAAGGUGGUUCAUAGAAGCUAGCUUGACUGAAGAAAUUUGUUAAUGAUUGUACUUCAUAUUGGAAGUAGAAGCCUUUAAGCAGUUUUGAUGGCAGAAAGAAGAAUUCACCUGUCCUGUUCUAGGAGCUACUAAAGGUGGCAAGAACUACCGGGGAGUAGCAAGUGGGAGUGAAUAAGAAGAGAGUGGAAAUGAAAGCAGAAGGUCCUACAGUGUAAUGGAGGAACCUAUGGGACCUGAUGGACAAAAAUGGGCCGCUAUGGAUCCAGAAGAACGAAUGUUAGUGGCUGCUGCAGCCUUUACCCAUAUCUGUGCAGGGCAGGGUGAGGGAGCUGUCAGGAGAGAAGCCCAGUCUUUCCAGUGUGAUCCCUACAGUAAGGCUUCAGUAACCCCAGGAAAGCAACCUGCUCUUCCCGUGCAACUACAGUACCCCCAGGUAGAAAAUAAUGACAUUUCAGAAACAGUCUCAGAGGCCUCCCAAAAACUCCGGAAACCAGUGAUGAAGAGAAAGGUGCUGCGUAGGAAGCCGGGUGGGGAAGUAUUAGUGACAGAUGAGUCAAUUAUCAGUGAAUCAGAGUCUGGUACAGAGAGUGAUACAGAUCUCUGGGAUUUAAGACAAAAGCUGAUAAAUCUGCAGUUCCAGGAAGACAGGGAGUCCCCUGAGGAUACUUCACAGAAAUAUAAUUUUGCACAUGAAUACCAAGGAAUUUCUCAAGAUCAGCUCAUUUGCUAUCUACGAAGAGAAGGCAUGGGCCCUCCAGCUUAUGAACAAGACCUGAUUGUUGCCAGCCGACCCAAGUCCUUUAUUCUCCCAAGGCUGGACCAGUUAAGUCGAAACCGGGGCAAGGUAGACCGGGUAGCCCGAUAUUUUGAGUACAAACGAGACUGGGACUCAAUGCGGUUACCUGGUGAAGAUCAUAGGAAGGAAUUACGAUGGGGUAUCCGAGAGCAGAUGCUUUGUCGAACAGAGCCCCAAUCCAAGCCUCAGCACAUAUAUGUUCCAAACAAUUACCUAGUACCGACCGAGAAGAAAAGAUCUGCUCUUCGCUGGGGUGUUCGUUGUGACCUUGCAAAUGGUGUCAUGCCCAGGAAGCUCCCUUUCUCUCUCUCUCCUUCUUAAGUCUUUUUUUAAACCUGUCUCCUUUCACAGGAUUGUUUGGGAUAAACUGGUUCUUUAUAUGUCUCCAUUUAUUUAAAUAGAAACAACUAAUUUGAAAGUCCAUAAAACAUAAGAGUAGGGACUUCACCCAUCCUUGGUCUUCUAUAGAUGUAUAUCAUACUGGUAUCAGACACCACUUAAGUUCUAAAUUAUCACUUUCAGAUCCAGCAAUUGCAAGAGAAAUCAAGCCGGAGAAAGAAAGACCUGGUCUUUAUGUUUUGUCAGGCUACAAAGCAGUCAUUUAGCACUGUUCCUGUUCUAUAACCUUUUUACCUUUGGCCAAUGUUACUGUUUUUAUUAGUGUGUUUUUAAAGUUGCUGGGUGUUAAGCUUAUACAUUAAAGAAUUUUGGAAAUUUUGAA